CAAAAUAUUUCGUCGCGAGGGAGCUCAGGCCAACAAGCGAAAAUGGGAUCUUAUCUGGAAGAGGAAGAGCUUUGGAAGUGUCCCAAGCAUCCAUCCAAACGACGCCGUACCGGAAUUUGCCCCGCCUGCCUUCGCGACCGCCUCGCCACUCUCUGCCCUGACUGCGCCAACGUCCGCCCCUGUUCUUGCUCCGCCGCCACCAGCUCUUCCUCUCCAUCCUCCUCCACUUCUUCUUCCCUUUCUCGACUCUCCCUCGCAGGCGAGGCCGCCGGAGGAUUGAAGCGAUCGCGGUCCGUUGCCAUUCCGUUUCUCCGUUCGAGCUCAAGGUUCCGCGGGGGCGACAGAGAGUUCGAUCAUGACGGAGCCUCUGGGAAGGAUUUCCCGGGUCUCACCAGAAUCCGAUCGACGAGGUGGUUUUGGUCGAUGUUCAAGCCACCGAAGAGCAGUCGGAGCGGAAUGCAAGAGCAGAAUUGUCAGAAUGUCGUGAUGGGAGAGGAUGUGAAGAGUGCAGAUGGAAAGACGGCGACGCUGAUGAAGUCGAGGUCGGUGGCAGUUCCCGAUGGCGGUGGCAUGGGAGAGGUCAGAGGAGCGAAGAAGGGAAGGGGAUGGAACUUUCCGAGUCCAAUGAAGGCAUUCAGGCAAUCCAACAGGACGUCGAAAAUCCUUCAGGAGGCGGUGGCGUGUGCAUAGAGGUGAAACUAUGUUAAGAUAAAAAUGAAAUGCUCUACAUGAACAGAGA